AGCGAUGAUCACGUUUAUAUUAUUUCUAUAGAAGUCGUCUUGCGUUCGCGGUGUAUUGAUCAUUAUUAUUAUUAUUUCAGGAAAAAAAAGUAAAAAAAAUUACGCGACAUUCAUACGACGACGACAGAUAGAAAAAAACGGAAAAUAACACGAAAAACGUUAAAAAUCGAGAGUAAACAAAGAAAAAGAUGGGUAACUCUUUAUGUAAGUCUCAACCACCAAAUCGAUCCCGAAAUCCCUUUGAGGAACUGUGGGCUGGAUGCACAAAUUUUUGCAGCUGUCCCUCGGGCAUUUCGUCACCGCGAAACCAUCAUUGGAAGAAACAAACGAUAAAUCCACAAACGCCGUAUUUGGGUUCUCAUACUUCUGCGACAAAAUGGCAUCAAGCUUCGACCUUGACAUGUAACCAACCGCUGCGACAAAAUCAUCCGAGCUGUUUUGACAAGGCUCCGGUUCCGCCGCCACGUAAAAAGAGGACUUUGCAACGUUCGCGCAGCUACGAGGAUGUGGUCGAUGUCAAAUUAGUGAAGAAAGAUGGCUUUAAAGAUGUCUUCGGGGAACCAGUGGCUCUCGAACGACAACGUACCUCAGCCAGUCACAAUCAUAUUUAUCACUUGGACGAAACGGAAAGCAAUAAAAGUGGAAAUUCAUUAAAAAUUGGAAAUAAAAAGUCAGAUAAAUUCUUUGGAGAAAAUUUAUCUGACUCGUUGUCGAAUGAACGUUACUCACCUGAAGCUGCUGGAAUCCUAUCUGCCACGCAAAAAGAUGAAUUGGACAUGUUUGUCGAGAAAAACGUCUCAAAAGUGGAUCAGGAUCGCAAUUCUGACGUCGAAGAACGUUUAAGUGACAGUUUAAACAAAAAAGCUGCCUUUUUGAUGACCAUGCUCGAUGAAAGUCCCGACAAGAAAAAGUUCCCGGAGCCCGAUGAUGACGACGAGGAACGUUAUCGCGGCAUGAUUCCCGUUGAGGAGGAAAUUAUCGUGCCCAAACGAAAAAUCACAAAGUGCAUUUGUGACGAAACCGACCAUUUAUUGCAUCAUUUGCGACACGGCGAGUGCCACAAACACACUCACAAGCACGAAAUCGAAGAAAAUCCGGACGAGUUGAAGAAAUUGAUCGAGAAAAAGGAUGUCGCGACAGAAACUCCGCCAAUUAAACCGAAGCGCGACUUGAAUUUGUACCGAAAAAGUCUCGAUUUGGAAGAUGAAAUACUGAAAAAGGAUGAAAAAACGUCUCCGGAGGAAGAAAUUCCAGAUGUUCCCAUGCGUCGCGGGAAACAAGUGCAAAAUUUGAUGGAACAACUUGUGCAACACACACUUCCGCAUUACAUGGAUAUCGUUGAGGACAACUUACAUUCGUGCAUUGAUGGCUCCGCUGCUGUUUCCGAGAAGAUUUCCAAGCUAAAGGAACGAAAAAUAUCAAAAGUGAGCAAUAGUGAACAACCAACGACACCCGUUGUGGAGGAAAAAGUCGUUUUGGGAUGUCGCGAUGUGACAAUUAGCCCUUUGCACUUCAAUGAGGAACGAAAAUCGACCUCGCCGGUAGAGGUUUUGACAGAAAAAGAGUCGGUUGAGAAAGAAAAAUCUCCUGAAAAGUCCUUGGAAAAGGAAAAAUCGCCGGAAAAGUCUCCAGAAAGGGAAAUAAUUCAAGAAAAAGUUGAAAAAUUAGUCGAAACGGAACCAAAGAAGGUCACAGAAGCAUCUCCCGAGCCAAAAUCCGAUCCAAAACCCGUCGAAGAUGAGGAAAAAAUCCGUCCCGAGAAGAAAAUGUCGGUUCGUCUCCAAGACGAUGGUGUUAAUCAACUCGAAGAGCUCAUCCGGCAUCAGCAAUUCAACACAACGGAAGACGUGAUCAACGAAAUUUACAAGAACCAAACCAACAUCGUCUACGAAUUCCAAAGAUUCCUCGAAGAUGAGCUCAAUAAGGAAGAAAAUGCCGCCAAACUCGAAAAAGUCAAGUCCACGAACGACGAAUUGCUCGAAAAUCAAUCUCUUGACUUGGUGUCCAACAGCACCGCAAGCGAAACUUCUUCUGAAGCGUCAACCAUCAAAAAUUUAUCGGACAACGAGAGCGAUAUCCAUCCCAGCAACUACAAAUUACGUCGCGAAAGUGUCGACGAUCUCGACAAAUGGUUCGCGCAAGACUCGCAAUUUCCCAAUUUGGCUGAUACGCAUUUCGAUCUUGUUAGCACGGACAGCAGCAGUGACAACGCAUCCACCGUGCGUGCCAUUUCAUCGUCCUCCGAAGACGAGGCGGAUCAGUAUCCGGAAUUGUUGCGCAAUCGACACCUGAAGAAGACGAAAGAGCUGGAAAAUCGUCGGGAAAGCAUCGAAGACGUGGAUAAUUGGUUUACGCAACACCUCGAUGUGCCAAAUGUCAAUUUGUCGCAGUCGCUCGUGAAUGAGGACGCGAAAAAGGCGGAAUUUUCAAACUAUGAUGGGAAAUUGUAUCCCUUUGGGCAGCCACGAGAGCGACAAAUGUCCUUGACUGACGAGUUUUUUGCCAUUGAGGCGGCGGAAGAGGCGAAAAAUCGACAAAAAGGUGUCAGGCGAUCGAAUUCGGAGUCGUCGUAUCAAUGAAAUGAACGAGAAAUUGAUGGAAAAAAAAAAUAUGACUUGUAUUUGUAGGCAUUCCUCUAAUAAGCAAUCGAUGUAAUAGAUGAUAGAACAGCUUGAAGCUUCUUGUUAAUUUACUGUAUAAAUAUGAAGAAAAAUGAUCAAAUUAAUAUAUUUUAUUAC